GCCACGACUUUCUGCUAAAAAAAAAAAACUUCCUCUUCCGCUCGCCGCCGCGGCUCCCCCUCCGCGCGCCGCCGGUACGACCGCCCCUGCGGCGCCCCACCUCCCCUCCCGCGUCGCGUUCAUCUCUCCUCACCCGCCUAGGUUACUCCUCGGUCGAGCGGCCCCGCCCCCACGUCGCUCCCUCAACUGCUUCCCUCUCCCAUCUGCUGGUUUCCCGGCAUGCUUUAGCGCCACUCACUGGCCGCCGCCGUCCUUGCGUCACGGGUGCAGAUUUGGUUGCAAUCUACUUAUGUUUCCUGAUAUUCGAUCUGGAUUUCCAACAGAUCAGAACUGCCUGAGAAGAAGCAGCAGAAAAAUAAAAGUGAAGUAUCAUCACCUGGUCGUAAGAGAGCCAUGAAAGAUAAAUUGACAGAACGGACUGACAAGAAGCUUACUCACAGAAUUCGUCAAAAAAGAACAAAAGUUUCAGAAGUCAAAACUUUACUGGAAAAACCUGAUCAUGAGAUAGCACAUAUGAAGCUAAGUGUGAUGCAUCUCAGAUUGUUACAAGAGGCCAGAGAGCGUAUUAAGAGUAAAACAAUUCUGUCAGGACCAUCAUCCUCUAAUCAAAGCAACUCCCAGUUUGGAGAUACCAACAGUUUUGAUCCUUUUGAAGAGAACUAUGAAGAGAACUAUGACAAUGACAGAAGAGAGAACCACGUGCUAGAAAAUGCAACCAAACUGAAUUACCAUUCCUACAUGAACAAACAAACACGGGCCAAAUGGUCGAAAUCUGACACUGACUUAUUUUACCAGGGUCUUCAACAAUUUGGUAGUGAUUUUGCAAUGAUACAGCAACUAUUCCCAGAUAAGUCCCGUGAUCAGGUGCGGCAGAAGUUUAAGACUGAGGAGAAAAAACAUCCAAUGCAAGUCCACGAUGCUAUACUUCAUCGCUCAAGAGAUACUUUGUAUUUAAAACAAGUAAUCAAACAGCUCAACAUCGAAGAUCUGCAGAGGGGCAUGAGCAGUACACAUAAACAAGAGGUUGCAUCAAUUGAAGGAGACACUGGAAAUGAGCAUGUGUUGCAGGAUUUCAUCGAGGAGGUAGAGAAUGGUUCAAAUUGGUCAGAUAAAGAGCUGGGCACGCGCCAAUCUGAGGGUCUUCAACAAUUUGGUAGCAAUUUUGCAAUGAUACAGCAACUAUUCCCUGAUAAGUCCCGUGAUCAGGUGCGGCAAAAGUUUAAAACUGAGGAGAAAAAACAUCCAAUGCAAGUCCACGAUGCUAUACUUCAUCGCUCAAGAGAUACUUUGUAUUUGAAACAAGUAAUCAAACAGCUCAACAUCGAAGAUCUGCAGAGGGGCAUGAACAGUGCACAGAAACAAGAGGUUGGAUCAAUUGAAGGAGACACUGGAAAUGAGCAUGUUUUGCAGGAUUUCAUCAAGGAGGAAGAGAAUGGUUCAAAUUGGUCAGAUAAAGAGCUGGCCACACGCCAAUCUGAGGCCAGAGAAGGGGAGCAUGUUUCUGGGAAUGCUGAUGAUGACCUGGAUCUGGAUGUUUUUGACUGGUACUAGGAUGAUAAUCAUGAUGAAAAUCAGGCAAAAACGAUACGGGUCUCGUUAUUCUGCCAAUGUGCUAAGGACAUGUCCUGUCUCAGAUAUGUUUGCUCACGGGAUUACCGAGUUACGGAUGCAAAUAAAAUAGUACAGUUGUUAGGCCGAAUGCAA